UUUUCAUUGAGCAGUGUCCUCAUGAUGGCCCUUGUCCUCUGGUAAAAACUGGAAAAUACUGUCAUUUUGUUCAACGCUUGGAGAGGACAUCUUCACAGCGUGCAUACAAGCGUUCCAAAGGUGAGCCCUUGCGAGGAUUUGAAGAUGAGAAGUUUUCUUAUGUUGCUUUCAGACGAGGGCAAAGACCAAUGGAACCUUGGCCUCUUGAUGGCAUGCGAUUUGAGACCUUAAAGGAGCAGCAGGCCAAAAGAAAUCCGGAGGAUCUUGAAAUUGACUAUGAGGACUUGUUGAAGUUACAAGAACCUGGUGAUUCUGCUUAUGAAGAAAAGGAUUUGGUUGCUUAUGAUUCUGACGUUGUCGAAACAGAGGGUGCUGAUGACAAUGAAGAGGAUGGGGAGGGAGAGGAAGAUGGGGUUGGUGCUGCUGAUCUGGGUGGUGGCUGGGGAAGAAUAGUUUUUAUGCCUGUUAGGAGGGGUAGACAGGUAGCUAUGAAUGUUUGUAGAUCCACCAACAGGGAUGCAUCAGAGGGUUCUUUUGAUCGUAUUGUUGUUACACAGAGCAAAAAUCCUACAUUGCAUCAUCAAGCCAAAAGAUCUAUCUGGGGUGACCUGUGGCCCUGUUAAAGCGAAGCAAUUUUGGGUGCAAAAUGGUAAAAUUCUCUUUCUUCUGGGCCGGGCCACCCUGCUAGCCAUUUUUUAUUUUGGUGUGCUUGGUCAGACCCAAAAGGCCCAAGGAACCCCAUUACAAAGAUGGGAGCUCUUUUAUUCUAUACCUCUCGUCCUUCUUUUUAGCCAACUUGGCAUGUGUUGGAAGGGUGGUGCCAACAAUUAGAUUAUGUUGGGGGGAAUUUUUCAAUUUUUUGAAAAUGUAAGAUUUCUUCGGAAAAUAAGUUUUCUGUAUUUUGAUGGCUUGGUCAAGCUGAAAUUCAUCCUAUUGGUGGUGUUUUAUGUUCAGGGUAGGAUACAUUAUUUUUAUAUAUCAUAUAAAUUGAUCUGCUGGAAGUUUAAAUGCUGAAGGUAGAUAUUUAUUUUUGGCAUACGAGUGAAGAAUGAUAUAGUUAAUGAUUGCAAUUGUAUCUGUUUUCUCA